CAGCCCGCGAGCGCGCGGCACGGUGGCCCCGGCGCAGGGAGUCCCCGCUCCCGAACCCGCACUGGCUCGAGGUGCUGCUCCCCGGAGAGCGCGGCUGGGGGCGCCCGGAGGAGGGGGCGCGGCGGCGCGGUCCCCGCCCCUGCUUGGCGCUCGGCCCCCUCGGGCUCGGCGCGGCUGCGACCUGAGCCGGGCGCCCAGCCGCGUCCCGCCCCCCGCUUCCCCGCCGCCCGCUGGGCAUGUAGCAGCGGCAGCAGCUGCGGUCGCCGCGGCGGAAUAUGGGCGGGAACCACUCCCACAGGCCCCCAGUGUUUGACGAGAAUGAGGAAGUCAACUUUGACCAUUUUCAGAUUCUGCGGGCCAUUGGUAAAGGGAGUUUUGGAAAGGUGUGCAUCGUGCAGAAGCGUGACACAAAGAAGAUGUACGCCAUGAAGUACAUGAACAAGCAGAAGAGCAUCGAGCGCGACGAGGUGCGCAACGUGCUCCGGGAGCUGCAGGUCAUGCAGGCACUGGAGCACCCGUUCCUGGUCAACCUGUGGUACUCCUUCCAGGACGAAGAGGACAUGUUCAUGGUGGUGGACCUGCUGCUGGGCGGGGACCUUCGCUACCACCUGCAGCAGAACGUGCACUUCACCGAGGGCACAGUGAAGCUCUACCUCUGCGAGCUGGCGCUGGCCCUGGAGUACCUGCAGCAGUGCCACAUCAUCCACAGGGACAUCAAGCCAGACAACAUCCUGCUGGAUGAGCACGGGCACGUUCACAUCACGGACUUCAACAUAGCGACUGUUGUCAGAGGAGCAGAAAAGGCCUCCUCCAUGGCGGGGACCAAGCCCUACAUGGCUCCGGAAGUCUUCCAGGUGUACGUGGAUGGAGGCCCUGGGUACUCGUACCCCGUAGACUGGUGGUCCCUGGGCAUCACGGCCUAUGAGCUGCUGCGGGGCUGGAGGCCCUAUGAAAUCCACUCCUCCACGCCCAUCGAUGAGAUCCUCAGCAUGUUCAAGGUGGAGCGUGUUCACUACUCCUCCACGUGGUGCCCGGGCAUGGUGGCCCUGCUGAAGAAGCUCCUGACCAAGGAUCCCGAGAGCCGCCUGUCCAGCCUCAGUGACAUUCAGAGUGUUCCCUACUUGACCGACAUGAACUGGGACGCUGUGUUCGAGAAGGCGCUGCUGCCCGGCUUUGUGCCCAAUAAAGGGAGACUAAACUGUGACCCCACGUUCGAACUGGAGGAAAUGAUUCUGGAAUCCAAGCCACUACACAAAAAGAAGAAAAGGUUGGCAAAGCAUAGGUCCAAAGACAGCACGAAGGACACCUGCACCCUGAAUGGGCACCUGCAGCAGUGUCUGGAGACGGUGCGGAAGGAAUUCAUCAUCUUCAACAGAGAGAAGCUCAGGAGGCAUCAGGGGCAAGGCGGCCCAGUCCUGGAACCCGAAAGCCGAGCCGGGAGCCAGGCUCAGAGCAAGCUCCAGGACGGCUGCAACAACAACAUCCUGACCCACACCUGCCCGCAGGGCUGUAGCAGCUAACCCUCCACUGCAGCUGCCCAGGGGAUGGCAGGCCUCUCCGCCCUGCCCAUCCAGAGCCCCUCUCCAUGCUAUGAUGGUCCCCAACUGGCCCUUGAAAACCAGAAAGAGCCCUGGACUUGGAGCCGGGAAGCCCAGGUCCCAGGUGAUCUGCUCUGUGACCUUGGACACGCCCUCUCUGUGCCUCAGUUUUCUGCAUCUGCCAAGGAACUUGAACAGCUCCCUUCCCCACCUCCAGGUCCAAGAUUAUUGUGAGGAUCCAGUUGGCUAGCAGACAUGCAAACUCUUGGGCAUUCGUAAAAUUGUUUAUACUUGCGAAGUAGAACCCUAAGACUUGAUACUGAGUCCCAUCCCGACACAACGAAGCCAUCCUCACUCUUCGGUUUGGCAGACCUAGCUUGAUAGAUGGCACUUUGGAAUCUACAGCCCCGAGGGCAUCUUAACCAUUUCAGUCUUCCCUUUUACGAAGCACUGCUCCCUAGUCCUGGAGCAGCCUCCUCCAGCGGCUUCAUUUGCAUUCUCUGCUGGCUGCAGACUCCGACCUAGCAAGCUGAGUGCACAGAUGAGCGGGCCCUGAGGUCUUGGUACUGCAGGAACAGGUCCAUCCCCAAGGACGCCCAGCUUAGGACAUCGGCAGCCUCCCAGUCCCAUCUCCAGCACUAGGAGGACACAAAGGUGCCCUUUCAGGUGACUGCCGGCUCCCUGGUCAUCAGUCAUACCACAGUGCUGUCCCUGCUCCCGCAGAGCGCUACAGCAGAACACCUGUCCAGGAGAGCAGUAGAGUAGCCAGUCUGGGAGGGCCCAGACAGGCAUUGCCAAGAGCAGCCUCUACUAGGAAUGCAGGAAGUGUGGCUGCUUAGGAGGUACACUCUGCAAGGAAAAUGGUUUUCCUCAAAGGCCAGCUACUUUACGAUGAGGUCAGGACAGCUUGCCCUUGAACUGGGAGAGGCUGAGGCUUAAAAGGUAAAUCAGAGUUUGCAGUUGGACUCAUGUGCAGAAUCCAGCCCUGCUAGAAGGUCUUAGGCAAGUCACCUAAUUGUGUGGCCCACAGGUAACUCAUUUUAAACUGGGGAUAAAAAUGGGGCCCAGGCAUGGUGGCCCAACUAUAAUUCCAGCACUUGGGCGGCUAAGGCAGGAGGAUUGUGGGUUGUAG